AGAAUACUGGAGGCACACAGAGCACAAACUGUACAGCACUUCUACAGAGAAAACUGUGAUUUACUGUCAACACUACCGGACCUACAGCACUUCAUCCUAACUGUGCCAAAAUGGAGACAGAGAAGAAGACUCAGACAGCAGCAGAGCAGAUGACUGACAUGGAUCUGUCAGAGCAAAUCAAAAAGGUGACAAAGGAGAGUCACGUAAGAGCAGAAAACACAGAGCUGAUGCUGAGCUUCCAGAGGGGACGAGUCACCCUGCCCCAGUACAAGCUCCUCCUGUGCUCGCUGUAUGACAUCUACCAGGCCUUGGAGGAAGCGAUGGACAGGAACUCCGCCCACCCUGCUGUGGCACCCAUUUACUUCCCGGCUGAACUGGCCAGACUGGAGGCCAUCGAGAAAGACCUGGAGUACUUCUACGGCGAAGACUGGAGAGAGAAGAUUGUUGUCCCCGCAGCCACUAAAAGAUACAGCCACAGACUCAGACAAAUUGGUAAAGAAAACCCAGAAUUCCUGGUUGCCCACGCUUACACUCGGUACCUUGGUGACUUGUCUGGAGGUCAGGUCCUGGGUAGAAUUACCCAGAAGUCCCUGGGGCUGAAGGGCAGCGAGGGUCUUUCGUUCUUUGCCUUCCCCGGCGUGUCAAGCCCAAACCUGUUCAAACAGCUGUAUCGCAGCCGCAUGAACAGCGUGGAGCUGACGGAGGAGGAGAGGAACGGCGUGCUGGAGGAGGCUGUCAGAGCAUUUGAGUUAAACAUUCAGGUCUUCGAGGAUUUGCAGAAGAUGCUACUGAGCGUCACUGAAAACAAGCUGCAGACCUCCUCAACACACUCCACAACAGUAAAAACACCCAGUUUCCCCGAAGCCAUCAUCAGAAGUACACCUCUGCUCAGGAUGGUGCUGGGACUUUUUGUGGUUUUGGCUACAGUCAGUGUGGGAGUCUACGGUUUUUAGUACUAUGCAGUAUACUAUGUAUAUGUCUGUUGCUAUCAUUGUGAAGAUUAUUCUGAUUAAAGUCUUGUGAGAUUUUAAAUGCCUGUAAAUAACAAAGUACUGUAAAAUAUUUUUGCAAUUUAACUGUGAACCACAUUUACAGCAUUUCCAUGAAGUUGAGUGUGAUGAUUUUUUAAGUCUAUUUUCUGUAUAACACUGUUAUCCAGUGUGCAUUUAAAUGUGCAAUACA